AAAAUAUUCAUCAUUCAAAAGUCCUUAUUCGGAUCGUAUAUAACCCAAGAAAUGGCCCGGUUGAUGUUGCGAAUGAAAGUAUCCAUGAUACUGACGGGUGUAUUUUUUACGCUUUACUUUGGACUCCAGCCAGUAACAGAGUGGUUUGAAAGAAAGGAUCUAGUGGCUGCACCCGAAGAAGUUGUCUUUGUGAACACCUCCGUUUGUCAUGUAAGUGGCCAAUGGAAGCCGACGGGGUUUUACUCUUCGAUUGAGCCGGUCAACAAGUUGCGGUGUCGGAUGCCCCAACUACUUAUUGCGAUAACUCAAGAUGGUAGCAAUUUUCUGGAGGCCAAAAGGAUUUCAGAGGACUUGAGUUGUAAGUAUUGGCUAAAAUCUGGACACACCCACAUCCACUCAGGACAGUACACAGCGUAUGGACACUUCGAUCUGAAAAGGGGUGCGACCAGAAAAAUUAAGAUCGGCACUGGAGAGCAAAUAGUUCGCAUUAGGUGCUUGGACAAGUUUAAGGCAAGCAAAUACCAUGACGUGCUUUAUUUUUUCUCUCCGCCUGAUCCCAAAUUGAUGUCGACAGAGAGUCCUGAAAAAUUGUCUGUGAUGGUCUUGGGCAUUGACUCAGUUUCUCACAUGCAUUUUGUGCGAUAUUUUCCCCUCGUGAAGGCCUUCUUAGAAAACCACCCGCACACGAAAUUCUUCGGCUACAGUCGUGUGGGCCUGGAUGCAAAUGCCAAUUUAGUCCCUUUUCUAGGUGGCGAAAGUAGUCGAGUAGCGGGCUCAGACUUUCUAUCCAACGACAAGGCGUGGCUGUGGGACAGCUUCAAGAUUGAAGGCUACAGCACUGCCUACGGUGAGGAUAACGCUAAAGGGAUCCUCUCCAGUAGGAACGGGGACAAAGAGCUUCCCAAAAUUCCAGUUGAUUUUGAUUUGACUCCUGUAAUUGUCGAGAUGAAUAAUCACACGCGGUAUAGCAUCGAUCUGAAGGAGAUGAUCCACUGCACGGCAGGCCGUAAAUUCCAAGAUGUUCUCAGAGACUUUGUACUCCAACUGGUACCCUAUAUGCAAGGAAUCCCAUUUUUCUCGGUUUUCUGGCAGUCGCAGGGUGUCCAGGAGUACUAUGAAUAUGCCUGGCACUUGGAUCAUUCUUAUAUGACGCUUUUGAAGAAGUUGCUGGACGCGGAUAUUCUGAACAACACUCUGCUGCUUCUGAUGUCUGACCACGGCCUGCGAGCUGGUGAAUACCGCAUGAGCCUUCAGGGCAUGAAGGAAGAAUCACAGCCUUUAAUGGUGGCAAUAUAUCCGGAAUGGCUAAAGCGGAAAUACCCUUUGGCAGUGGGGAAUCUCGAAAGCAACGCGCAUAGCCUGAUCACUCCGUACGAUCUUCGCGAAACCCUGGCGGAUGUUAUAGCUCUUGGUCAACUGAAGGACGCCAACAUAGAGGUCAGCAUGAAAAGACUCCAGACCCAUCCCCCAAAUAGGUUGCCCAGGGGCAUAAGCCUCUUUCUACCGAUUCCCGACCACAGGACCUGCGACUUGGCUCACAUACCUUCCCUAUUCUGCUUUUGCCGCGAGCUCACCGAACUUCCCACAGACGACGGCUUGGUCCUUCGAAGCAGUCGCUUUAUGGUGGAAUCCAUCAACCAGCUUAUCAAGCCAUUCGGGCAGUGCCGGCAGCUGAAGCUCGAAAUGGUUCUACUGGCCUACUUCUUGGACUUCGGCGAAGAGUCCUUCGUCUACGAGUUGAGGCUGCGGGUGCGGACGAGUCCGGGGAAUGGGGUUUACGAGGCCACCGUUCGUCUGUCGGACGUUCUACUUUUGACCAGUCCCAUCAGUCGGGUCAGUCAUUACCUGGGGCAGUCCCCUUGCAUCGGCGAUCCAGACCUACAAAUAUUUUGCUUCUGUAUUUGA